ACUGUUUAGGGAGUGUCCCGUCCCAACAUAAGCAGCGGCUCAGUGCUCUCUGCCACGCCGACUCGACGUCUCUCUGCUUCCGCUGCAGCUCGGAAGCGCUCCCCUCGGCUUGCUCAACACCCGUACAUCCGUCCGUCCGACAACCUCCGCAUUCAGGCAGGAUGGCAGCGCACCACGCAGAGUUUGAGCGGGCCGGUCAGAGUCCAGGCCUCCAGGUGUGGAGGGUGGAGAACUUUGACUUGGUUCCUGUUCCGGAGAACCUGUACGGGGGAUUUUACACCGGAGAUGCCUACCUUAUUCUUAACACUAUCAAACAGCGUUCUGGGAACCUGCAGUACGACCUCCACUUCUGGCUGGGUGAUUUCUGCAGCCAAGAUGAGAGCGGCUCGGCGGCCAUCUUCACUGUCCAAAUGGACGACUUCCUCGGGGGGAAACCGAUCCAGUACCGUGAGGUGCAGGGGCAUGAGUCCAAAACCUUUCUGGGCUACUUCAAGUCUGGAAUCAAAUACAUGAAAGGAGGCGUAGCUUCUGGGUUCAAGCACGUUGUCACCAAUGAGGUGUCGGUGCAGCGGUUACUCCAAAUCAAAGGUCGACGUUCCGUCCGGGCCACGGAGGUGGCGGUUAGCUGGGACAGCUUCAACCAGGGAGACUGCUUCAUCUUGGACCUGGGAGAUGAGAUUUAUCAGUGGUGUGGCUCUCAGAGCAACCGCUUCGAGAAACUCAAGGCUACUCAGGUCGCCAAGGGUAUCCGUGACAGCGAGCGCAGCGGGAGGGCCCGGGUGUACGUCUGCGAUGAGGGCAUGGAGAGAGAAAAGAUGACAGAGGUUUUAGGUCCCAAACCAGAUCUGCCUCCUGGGGCUUCUGAUGACACCAUAGCUGAUGCUUCAAACAGGAAGAUGGCGAAACUAUACAAGGUUUCCAACGCUAGCGGCGGCAUGACCAUUACUCUGGUGGCAGCAGAGAACCCGUUUGCUCAGAGCGCCCUGGAGUCCGGUGACUGCUUCAUUCUGGACCACGGCUCAGAUGGCAAGAUCUUUGUCUGGAAAGGCAAAGACGCCAACAUGGAUGAACGAAAGGCGGCGAUGAAGGCAGCCGAUGAGUUUAUCAAGAAGAUGGGCUACCCCAAACACACGCAGGUCCAGAUCCUGCCGGAGACAGGCGAGACGCCCCUCUUCAAGCAGUUCUUCAAAAACUGGCGCGACAAAGACCAGACAGUGGGCCUGGGCGUGGCCUACAUCGCUAACAGCAUCGCCAAGAUCGAGAAGGUGUCUUUCGAUGCCGCCAGUCUACAUGAGUCUUCCAGCAUGGCGGCCCAGCACGGCAUGGUGGAUGACGGCAGCGGAGAGAAACAGAUCUGGCGCAUCGAGGGAUCCGAUAAGGUCGCGGUGGAUCCGUCCACAUAUGGACAGUUCUUCGGAGGUGACAGCUACAUCAUCCUGUACAACUACCGUCAUGGAGGGCGUCAGGGACACAUCAUCUACAUGUGGCAGGGAAUGGACUCCAGUCAGGAUGAAAUUGGCACCUGCGCGAUCCUCAGUUCCCAGCUGGAUGAUGAGCUCGGUGGAGGUCCUGUGCAGGUUGUUGGUGCUCCUAUAACCACCCAGGUGAGGGUGGUCCAGGGCAAGGAGCCGGCCCACCUCAUGAGUCUGUUCGGAGGCCAGCCCAUGGUGGUCUACAGGGGAGGAACGUCCAGGGACGGAGGUCAGUCUACUCCGGCAGAGACCCGACUCUUCCAGGUGCGCUCCAACUCUGCUGGGCACACAAGAGCCAUGGAGCUUGAUGCAUCGGCGUCCAACCUGAACUCCAAUGAUGCUUUUGUUCUUGUGACCCCCGACGGCACCUCCCUGUGGGUGGGGGUGGGUGCCAGCGACACAGAGAAGCAGGGAGCUCAGCAGCUGUGCGGCAUCCUGGGAGUGUCGACCUCUUCCGAGCUUUCCGAGGGAGGAGAAACUGAUCAGUUCUGGGCUGCUCUGGGCGGGAAGGCAGAAUACCGCACCUCCACCAGACUCAAGGACAAGAUGGACGCUCACCCGCCGCGACUCUUCGCCUGCUCCAAUAAGACCGGGAACUUCAUUAUCGAGGAGGUACCCGGGGAGAUGACGCAAGAUGACCUCGCCACUGAUGAUGUCAUGAUCCUCGACACCUGGGAGCAGGUGUUUGUUUGGAUUGGGAAUGAAGCCCAGGAGGAAGAGAAAACUGAAGCCAUGGCAUCGGCCGUUCGUUACAUCGAGACCGACCCAGCCAACAGAGACACCCGGACUCCUAUCGUCAAAAUCAAGCAGGGCUUCGAGCCCCCCACGUUCAGCGGCUGGUUCCUGGGCUGGGACCAAGACUACUGGACCAGCGACCCACUGGAGCGGGCCAUGGCAGAACUGGCUCUGUGAGCGCUCACCCCUUCAUCAUUUCCCCCCAUCUGCCUUUUGCUCUGCAAGCAUUAUGCAACAAAUGCCAAGACUUGCUUUAUUAGCUGCCAGCACAAAAGUAUAAGACUUUUCUUAUAAUUUAUGUUUUUCUGUCACGUGCUGCAUUAGUGCCUUCACGUUUGAACCAACGGUUAGAAACAAGACUUUCACUUAUAGUUUUUGUUUUGCAUUAAAUAUAUUUCAAAAUGGUGACUUUUAUUGCAGAUUAUUCUAAUUUUAUAUUGAAUCCACAGCUCAGAAGGAAAACAAACAAUGCCUUAACAUCAUUUGCUUUAGUUAAACAUUUUAAAAGUAUUUAUUUUAAGGAACCAACUUGCUAUCCCCAGAAACGUCUGUUUCAAAUAAACCAAAUUUAACACAA